GAUUGGGCAUUUCCUCCGUCAACGAUAUAUCCAACACAAGCGUUAUGUUGUCCUGAGCGAUUGGACGGAACUGGAGUUCUGCCCCUGCGAAGUACAGGGCGACCAUGAAGCUGUGCUUUGUGCGGUGAAGCAGAACUGGCAAGCUCUGGAGUUUGCAAGUGACACUUUGAGGGGGGAUCGUGAGAUUGUUGAAGAAGCAAUUCAGCAAGAUUGGAGAGCUUUGCGGUUUGCUGCGCGGUCUUUGCGAGCUGACAAAGACCUCAUAGCCAUGGCUGUUGGGAAGUCCAAGGGAUGGGCUUUGGAAUUCGCAGCUGAAGAACUUUAUCGAGACCCUCAACUUCUGCAAGAUGCCACAAGCAGGCUGGGGGGACGCCUGGGUCUACCUCUAUCUCCCAUCGCCACGCUGGUGCCUAUUGACACAGGUGCUGGUGUACCUGGUGCUAUAUUUGAGACUUCCUUGCCUGUGCUCCAAGCCCAACUGACCCGACCAGGCAUUGACAAUGUCGAAACUGUCGAAGCAGUUGCAGAGCAAGCAAAUGGUCCUGUGAACCAAGAGCAGAUUGAGGAAGAUUUGCAACAAGUUGCUGAGACUGGUAUGGACAAUUCAAGCGAGGAUGCUUUGGAAGCCACUGAUCCUUGCGGUGCGCCCGGUGUGGAGGGUGCCCAUGGUGCGGUACAAUUUGAUGGAAUCACAAGAUCUUCGAUCAACCCUACAGACUUGGAGAACUCGGACCAAAUGCACCAGCCUUCGGGCUCGCAGCCGCAGCCGCAUGGGAGCCAGGCUUUGAUUGCGGCAACUGAUGUCAAAUGA